AUGGAGCUGAGUCGUGGAGACUACUUCACAUGGCAGGUGACUCUGGAGGGACGCUCCGGAGCGCUCUGUGUACUGAGGCGUCUGCUGCUUCACUGUAAAGAGCUGAUGUCUGAUGAGGCUCUGUGUCGUCUCCUCACGCCGCUGAACUGUGCCACCGCUCUGCUCAACAAACUGGGUCCUGUCCUUCGCUCUUACGGCCCUUCCAUUCGUCCGUUCACCAUAGUCUACAGACUGCGAGUGUAUGAGCUUCUGGCUGAGCUUCCGCCGCACACGUACCACGAGAGCUUCGGUUUGGUGAUGAACCAGCUGGUGUCAGACCUGUGUGCUCAGGACCAGCCGAGCUCAGAGAGGAGCCUGCUGCCCUCUCUCUGCUGCUCUGAGGACCUGAGUGUGAUCAGCCCAGGCCUCAGCGACCCCCAGCAGACAGACAUACACCAGCUCCAGAUCAGCAGUGGGUCAGGGGGCUCUCUGGAGAAUGACCCCUUCUGUCUCACCCUAAAGUCUGACAUUGCUCCGACUCCUCUCCCCUCUGCUCUGGCUCUGAUGGAGGUCACAGUGCGUCUGUUUGGAAACCUGUUCCCUCACGUCAUCUCAGCUCAGAGAGUGAAGAUCCUGGAGCAGUUUGUGGACUGUGUGAAUCACCUGCGCGGACAGAAGCAGCAGACUGUGCAGACUCACGUGUGCGCCGCCCUCUGCAGUGCACUCAAGCUCCUCUUCUCACUCCUGUCUUUGCCCAGCUCCUCUCCUCACCCGUCUUUCCCUAGCUCCUCUCCUCACCCCUGUCUUUCCCCAGCUCCACUUCUCACCCCUGUCUUUCCCCAGCCCCUCUCCUUACCUCUGUCCCUCCCCAGCUCCUCUCCUCACCCCUGUCUUUCCCCAGCUCCACUCCUCACCCCUGUCUUUCCCCAGCCCCUCUCCUCACCUCUGUCCCUCCCCAGGUCCUCUCCUCAUUCCUGUCUUUCCCCAGCUCCACUCCUCACCCCUGUCUUUCCCCAGCUCCACUCCUCACCUCUGUCCCUCCCCAGCUCCACUCCUCACCUCUGUCCCUCCCCAGCUCCUCUCCUCACCUCUGUCCCUCCCCAGCUCCUCUCCUCACCUUUGUCCCUCCCCAGCUCCUCUCCUCACCUUUGUCCCUCCCCAGCUCCUCUCCUCACCCCUGUCUUUCCUCAGGUUCACUCGGGCUCCCACUCUGCCCUGGGCCCCUCAGAGCUGCGGCCUCCUGCUCUGUCCCUCCUGUGGGGGGCGUUGGAAAGCUCCUCCCCUCUGUUGCGGUGUGCGGCUGCAGAAGGACUUGCACGAUUGGUCCAGAGCUUCAGCGACUUGGCCUUUACUUUCUCCACCGCGCUCUUCUGCUUCGACAGACUGAAGACAGCUCGGGACGCGGCUUCUCGUAGUGGCGUGUCUCUGGCACUGGGGGCGCUGUAUCGAUACCAGGGAGGCAUCAGUUCUGCUCAACACCUGUGCAGCUGUGUCGGCGUCCUGUUUACUCUGAGCCAAGACACCACCUGCCCAGAAGUCCAGGAGUGGGCGCUCCACAGUCUCUCCCUGGUCGUGGACCUCUCUGGGGGCCUGUUCCGGCUGCACUGUGAGCCCUCUCUGUCUCUGGUGCUGAGGCUGCUGCUGACCACGCCUCCCUCUCACCCAGAGGUGCUGCGGAGCCUGGGUCGCUGCCUCCACACCCUUAUCACCUGCCUGGGACCAGACCUGCAGGAGGAGAGCUUCAGGUCCUUCAGAGACACCAUCUCCUUGUGUUGCCUGGUUCUUCAACAGUCUGAGGACGCCUUGGUUCAGUCCAGGUCUAUCCUGUGUCUGCAGCAGCUCCACAUGUUUGCUCCUGCCCAUACAGACCUCCGACAGCUGGUGCCGACGCUCUGUGGCAUUUUGUUGGAUAGUUCCCAGUUGGCCAAUUUGAGCCAUUCCAGCCUGGUGCUGCGGCGUGCGGUGGUGUCGUGUCUGAGGCAGAUCGUCCAGAGAGAAGCUCUGGAAGUUUCUGAACUCGCCGUGAGUUUGGUUAAAGAGCAGCCGCCCAAAGAGGCUUCUCCCCUGGAGUGCACUUUGCGUGAGCUGGGGCUAGAGGGCGCACUCUUCUCUCUGUUGGACCGGGAGUUGGACCCUGGUCUGCGUCUGGAUCUGCAGCAGACUCUGGGCUUCAUGAUGGCCUCCAGUUUGACCAGUGACAGAGUGGGACAGUGGCUGCGGCUGUGCAGGGACGUGCUCUCUGCGACCACAGAGCUCAGCGAGACCCAGGACUGUCCUGAGGACGAGGAGGAGAGAGAGGACUGGAGCUCUCUGGGAGCGCGCUCACAAACACUCUCUCCCUUCAGCUCCCUCCGUUGGUCAACUCGUCGCAUUGCAGUGGAAUCUGUCUGCACUGUGAUCCAGACCUGCAGCAAGACAGGGACCACAGAUGUGCUGGUCCCUCGGCUCGGAGAGCUUAUCCGCAUGUCCUUCAUGGCGUCCACAGACCACAGUGCCCCCCUGAGGCUGUCUGGGCUACACACACUCAUGGAGAUCAUCAUCGCCUUCAGUCUGAUCCAGGAGCCAGAGUUCCCAGGACACUUUCUCCUGGAGCAGUACCAGGCCAAUGUGGGGGCUGCCCUGAGACCUGCCUUUGCUCCAGAUGCCCCGCCUGAUGUCACAGCUAAAGCCUGUCAGGUCUGCAGCGCCUGGAUCUGCAGUGGAGUGGUGCAAGACCUCAGAGACCUCAGGCGGGUCCAUCAGCUCCUGGUCUCCUCUCUAUCCAAGAUACAGAACCAGGACCAAGAACCAGACUCUCACCCUCAGCUUUACAAUGAAGCAGCAGCGACAAUGGAGACGCUGGCCGUGCUCAAGGCCUGGGCCCGAGUGUAUAUUGUGGCGGUGCAGAGGAGCAGGGCAAGCUCUGAUUGGUACUUGGACUCUUCAGUGUCCUCUUCUUCGGCCAAUGAUGACACAGACCCUGGAAGGGCAGGGCUUCUUUGGCUCGUCCAAUCAGAUCUGCCGACACUGAGUGGACUGUGGCUGGCGGCGCUUCAGGAUCAGGCCUUGCUCAGUCUGCCUCCAGGGCAGCCAGUGCCACGUGGGACGUUCUUCUCCCCAGAGACCCUGCUCCAGGCUCGGGUUCACUUCUGCUCGUCUUGGGCCUCCAUCCUCCAUGCCACCGCGCUGUGGCUGCACUCCACCGGCCUGAUGGCAGCGGAGGACACACCUGUGCACCUGUCUCGCCCGGCCACGCCCACCUCGCUCGGUCACUCAGGGGGCGGAGUCAAGAGUGUGGAGGACUUGAGCGCAGAGAGACUGCACCUGCUCCUGGGUGUAGCUGUGCAGUUCUUGUGUUCACCUCACUCUCUGAACCAGAUGGAGAACAUUCAGUCUUGUCUUCAGGCGCUGCAGGUGCUGCUGGACAUCCCCUGGCCACGCAGCCGCAUCAGCAACGACCAGUGUCUGUCGGUGGAGCUUCUCUCUGUCCUCCACAGACUCAUGGUGACACGUGAGUGUGCGGAGGUUCAGGCGUCUGUCCUGGAUUUACUCAAACGCAUUGUGUGCGCGGCUCAAGAGCACGUCCGCGAGAAACGCCACUCUGCAGAAGUGGACGACGGUGCGGCGGAAAAGGAGACGCUGCCGGUAUUCGGAGAGGGCCGGGACACUGGGGGCCUGGUCCCAGGACACUCUCUGGUCUUCUCUGCUCUUCAGAUCUGUCUGUCUGUCCUGCUCCGGAAGCUUCCCCAUCUCAGUCCCACUCUGUCCGGAACAAAGACCAGGUCCACAGGGGGAGAGGUGUGGAGGCUGUCCUUCUCAGACAGUCACCUGGUGUCCUCUGCUCUGUCUGUCCUGUCCCAGCUGCCGUCCCUCUGCUCUCCUGAAGGAAGUGUGUCCAUUCUGCCCACGGUGCUGUUUCUGCUGCUGGGAGUGCUCAGAGGACUCGUACACAGACCUCCAGCUCUCACAGAUUCAGCCACUGGUCCAGUCUCUGCUCUAGUCCAGUCCUGUCUUCAGUCCUUCAGAGCCGUUCUAUUGAGUCCAAUGAGUCGUCAGGAAAAAAGUCGAGAGUCCUGGGUCCAACUUCUGCAGUCUGCGCUGAGCUCACUGCUGCUACUGUGGGAAAAUGAUGAGCCGGAGGUGAUCCAGGACCAGGGGACCCUCCUCAGAGCUCUGUCCCUGUUCCUGCUCUCCUCCUCUGGGUCAGACGUCUGCUGUGUGGCCCCUCUGUUUAGCUGCAGUGUGGAGAAGUUCACCUCCGCCAUGGACUCCAAGGACCCCCAGGUCCAGAGUGUGUGCUUCCAGCUGCUCUGCUCCCUGUUCCAGACUCCAUCGCCGCUCAGUGGUCUCUACGUCCGUGCCCUUGGUCCCGCUCUGGUCCGCUUCCUCAAGAGAGAGGAGCGCUCUCGGCCUCAGACUCAGGAAGAACUGGCUCCGGUUCUGGAGGCUGUGAUUGCCAUGGAGACACUGGUGCAGGCGGCAGGUCCACAACAUCGGUCUCAGUUGGUGUCUCUGCUGCUGCCACUGCUCGUCUCGUUCCUAUUGGAUGAGAACGCUCUUGGCUCUGCCCCCUCUGCGUCUCGCUCGCUGCAUGACUCGGCGCUUAAGGAUCUAAUGCGGAUCGGACCACAGCACCCAGCGGCCUUCAGGUCACUGAUGAGCUCGUGUCCAGAGCUGAAGUCUCGCCUGGAGGCUGCGGUGAAGAUGAGCCAGGACCAGCUCCGGUCCAAACCAGACUCUGAGGUGGCGUCCAGGAACCAAACCCCCUCCAUCAAACUCAAGACUAACUUCCUCUGA